AUGUAUAAUUACAUGAAAUCAAACAAUCUACCGGUUGACCAGAAACAGAGGAAAUUAACUCAGUUAGCAUCAACACACAACCAAUAUCAACCAUUUUCUUAUUAUUAUCUUUGGUAUCUAAUAGACAGAUUUCAUUUUAUCAUCGAUGAUAUUCAAUCAAUUUUAACAUUUACGAAAAACACUUGCUUUAAUGAAUUUGCGAACGAAUUUAUGAACGAAAGACAAAAGGCUGAAUUAGAAGGAAAUAAAGGAAAAAGUUUAUUUUGCAAGAUUUCGCUUAAUGGAUCAUAUGGUUACGAUGCAAUGAAUACACAAAAUUACGCAAAGACUAAAAUAAUGAAUGCACAGAAGGCACGCGUUGCAUGUAUGUCAAAUAAGUUUAAAAACAUAAGAGAAAUAGGUGAGGAUACAUAUCAAGUGAUGCUUAAAGAUAGAUUUUAUAGAUGUGAUACAUGUUUACAAGAGGCAUUCUUCACUUUAGAUAAUGCUAAAUACUGGUAUUUGGUUUUCAUUUAUGAUUUUAUGUAUAAAUGCAUGGAUGUUAAUCGUUUUCAUUUCAUUGAAGGUGAUACUGAUUCAUCUUAUUGGGCUAUUGCUGGCGAUCCAAGUCUUCCUAACACUCAAGCAUUUCAAGCAAUUGUUACCGAUAAACAAUUUUAUGAUAAAAACAUUUUCAAAUUCGCACCAUUUGAUUUCUUCUGUUUUGAUGAGAAAUUUAAACCUAAAUUAAAGAAUAAAGCUGAAGAAAAAGCACAUGAGAAGAAGUUAUUGGGUUUAGCAAUUGAGAAACAAGGUGAUAACAUGGUUGCUUUAUGCCCUAAGUGUUAUACAUCAUUCAACGGUUCAAUUGAUGGAAGUGAUUUUAAAAAGAUUGCACAAAAAAUGAAAGGUGUUAGUUUACGACAAAAUAAACAAUUAACACCUAAAAAUUAUUUGGAUAUAAUAAAUGAUAAA